AUGGGCAUUCAGCCAUGUCGCUGGCUUUAUCUCUUCCAAGCGCUGCAGACAGCUGGCGCGUUCUUUGUGCCGCUGGAUGCUUCAAGCAUUCAGGCCUUGUACGGUCAGUUUGCCUUGCUGGAGAUUCCCAAAUCGAAAUGUCAAUACAAGGAUACUGGUACUUGGAAUCCGCAGUGUGUCCAUGGGCUGGACGAGUUUGCUGAGUGUGAGUACAAUGGAUACCAGUACUCGAUGGAGUGGUACUUCAUUCAGAUGAUCCGUGAGAGCCAGCGGUACCGGGCAGAAUCUCUGGAGAAGGCACAAUUCAUCUACUUCCCGCAGUGCGUGUCGCAGAUCUAUUUCGCACUCCGACAGAGCUACAACCUCACGCACUGGCAGGCCAUCGAGCGAGCUGAAUUGGGCUACUUGGUGCCCAUUCUGCGAUGGGCGCAUGCCUCUCCUGCACAUCGCGCGACCGGCGGUGUGAAUUUCUGGACCGUCUUCUCCAUGGACUUGGGCCGACAGGACUUUCCGCGGAGCGCUGCCUGGCUGCAGCCCUGGAGCAUCGGCUCCCUCACAGGGAGUCCUACUUGGACGAUCGACCAGCAGAUGCUGCACAAGAGCGCCUUCCAAGGAGCCACUUCCCAGGCCACUGACAGCUGCUGGGAGGAGGACACCAAGCCAGUGGCCUUGGCAAACGAGAUGUUCCCAGCUCGUAGCUUCAAAGAGCAGGACACGGUCAUCUCCAUUCCGUCCAGGUUCAGCCCGCAUCCCCGGUCCCGGCGCUUCGGAGGGCGCCCUGUGCUGGGCUUCUUCGCCGGGUCGCCAAACUCUUGCGCAAGGACAAGGGUGCUGGCAGCACUUUCGGCGGAGCCUGGAUUCGAUGUUUCCACAAGUUUCGCCAAGGACGACGGCGACUAUCGCGAGCGCAUGUGGCGAGCUCGAUUCUGCUUCGUCCUUCGAGGAUCCUCGCACACGAACAACGUUCGCCUUUACGAUGUCAUGGCGCACGGAUGUGUGCCAGUGGUCGUGUCCGACGACUUCCAAGCUCCUUUGGACAGGCUGCUUCCCUGGAGGGAGAUGGCCAUCUUCUUGCCCACGAGCAGCAUCCCGAGGCUGGCAGAGAUUCUUCGGCACGAGAUCACCGAGGCCGAUCGUUGGCGCUACUUUCAAAACAUCGCGCUGGGCAGCCCGCCAGGUGCAAAAGGUUUCCCGGCGGAUGUCGAAAUGGCAAAGACGAUGGUAGCGGCCAAAGGAUUGGAUGAGGAGACGCUUUGGAGUGGCCUCUCCGCCAGCAAGGUUUUCGAGUGGCACGACAGCCAUUUCUGGAUGCUCUUCUUUGCCGAUGUCGCUUCCAAGCUGCGCGAUCGAAUGCAGAAGGCCAAGGAGGCCUCACGAAUUCGCCAAGGAGCUCUGCGGCCCGAACAGAACGUGACCGAGGCAACGACGUCUGAGCUCCUGGCGGCCUUCCGAUGGCUCCUGGACCUGAGCAGGCGGCGCGAGCAACGUCCCUGGCUGUUGGUGGCUGCUGGUGGUGGCGUCUCUCCUGGACUCUUUCGAGCACUCGGAGGCUGGGCCGACAUUCGCGGCUGCUGCCAGGCACGGAUGCUUGCCGUUGAGUGGCAAAUGUCGCAGAGGACUGCGCUGAAGCUCCCGCAGUCGGUGGCUCAUGCAGAGGAACGGUGUGGAGAGGUCGCAUUCGUGGAUCAGGACACUGACUUUUCCAAGCUCUACCGACAUCACAAAUCCGUCCCCGGUUUCUGCGGAAGGCGCCGAUGUGAAGGAGAGGAAGCCGCAUCCACCGAGAAAGCGAAGCAUCCAGCAGACAUCAUCAUGCAGGUUGGCAGGCGCUGUCAUCCAGAUCGACUCAAGAAGCUCCUGGAGCUCCAACCUCGCUACUUGUGGCUGGAAGGUACGAGCUCCUCACGCCCGCGCUCCGAGUUCCUGCGAGGUCUCCUGCAGGAGGGAUGGCUGUGCUUUCAUGCGGUCAGGUCACGUUUGUCGCCCGUUUUCGAGCCCUUCACUAGCGAGCUGCGGCUGGGCCCAGGCGGUGCCCUUUGUGCAAAGGAAACUGACGAGAACUUGGACCUGCUCUUCCGGCUAAACCCGAAAUUGAGGCACGGCCCUGAGCGCUGGGGUGCACAGUUCAUCUUCAAGCCCGAGACGGAGGCCGCCAACACACGGGGUCGUUUCUUGCACUCUUUCAGCUAG